UUUAUAAUCCGCAGGGCGGGAGCGGCGCGGGAGAAGAGGCAGCGCCGCGCACCGCGCCAUGGGGGCCGCGCCGGGCCGUGCGGGGCCGGGGCAGCGGCCGCCGCGCCUGCCGCUGCUGACGCUGUUCCUCCUGCUGCGGCCGCCGCUGGUCGCGCUGGGAAUCGACCCGGCGCUGCUGCCCGGAAACUUUUCCGCGGACGAGGCCGGGGCGCAGCAAUUCGUGCAGAGCUUCAACUCGAGCGCCGAGCAGGUGCUAUUCCUGAGCACUAGCGCCAGCUGGGCUCACGACACCAACAUCAGCGACGAGAACGCGCGGCGCCAGGAGGAAGCGGCCCUGUUCAACCAGGAGUUUGCGGAGAUCUGGGGCCAGAAGGCCAAGGAGCUCUACGACCCAAUCUGGCAGAACUUCACUGAUCCGAUUCUGCGAAGGGUCAUCAGCGGUGUGCGCACUCUGGGCCCUGCCAACCUGCCCGUGGGGAAGCGGCAGCAGUACAACGCUCUGCUAAGCAGCAUGAACAGGAUCUAUUCCACUGCCAAGGUCUGCUUCCCCAACAAGACUGCCCUCUGCUGGUCCCUGGACCCAGAGCUCAUCCACAUCCUGGCCAUCUCGCGAAACUACGGGCUGCUGCUGUAUGCCUGGGAGGGCUGGCAUGAUGCUGCGGGCAUCCCGCUGAAACCCCUGUACCAGAACUUCACUGCCCUCAGCAACGAGGCUUACAGGAAGGAUGGCUUCUCAGACACGGGGGCCUACUGGCGCUCCUGGUAUGACUCACCCACCUUCGUGGAGGAUCUGGAACACAUCUAUCAUCAGUUAGAGCCCCUCUACCUGAACCUCCACGCAUAUGUCCGCCGCGCUCUGCACCACCGAUACGGAGACAGAUACAUCAACCUCAGGGGACCCAUCCCUGCUCACCUGCUGGGGGACAUGUGGGCCCAGAGCUGGGACAACAUCUAUGACAUGGUGGUGCCUUUCCCUGACAAGCCCAAUCUUGAUGUUACCAGUACUAUGGUACAGAAGGGCUGGAAUGUCACGCACAUGUUCCAGGUGGCAGAGGAAUUCUUCACGUCCCUGGGACUCUUGCCCAUGCCUCCUGAGUUUUGGGCAGAAUCCAUGCUGGAGAAACCAAAUGAUGGGCGUGAGGUGGUGUGCCACGCCUCUGCCUGGGACUUCUACAACAGGAAAGACUUCAGGAUCAAGCAGUGCACACGGGUCACUAUGGACCAGCUGUCCACGGUGCACCACGAGAUGGGCCACGUGCAGUACUACCUGCAGUACAAGGAGCAGCCCGUUUCCCUGCGCCAAGGUGCCAACCCUGGCUUCCACGAGGCCAUCGGGGAUGUGCUGGCCCUCUCCGUCUCCACACCUGCACACCUGCACAAAAUCGGCCUACUGGACCAUGUCACCAAUGACAUGGAAAGCGACAUCAACUACCUGUUAAAGAUGGCACUGGAAAAAAUUGCCUUCCUGCCCUUUGGCUACUUGGUGGACCAGUGGCGUUGGGGGGUCUUUAGUGGGCGUACCCCAUCUUCCCGCUACAACUUUGACUGGUGGUAUCUUCGAAUCAAAUAUCAGGGGAUCUGUCCUCCAGUUGUCCGAAAUGAAACCCACUUUGAUGCUGGUGCUAAGUUUCACGUCCCACACGUGACACCGUACAUCAGGUACUUUGUGAGUUUUGUCCUACAGUUCCAGUUCCACCAAGCCCUGUGCAAGGAGGCAGGCCACCAGGGCCCGCUGCACCAGUGUGACAUCUUCCAGUCCACCCAGGCGGGGGCCAAGCUCCGGGAGGCACUGCAGGCAGGCUCCUCACGGAACUGGCAGGAGGUGCUGAAGGAUAUGAUCGGCUCAGAUGCCCUGGAUGCUCAGCCACUGCUCAACUACUUCCAGCCCGUCAGCCAGUGGCUGCAGGAGCAGAACCGGAAGAACGGCGAGGUCCUGGGCUGGCCAGAAUAUCAGUGGCGGCCACCAAUGCCCAACAAUUACCCAGAGAGCAUUGGCCUGGUGACCGAUGAGGUUGAGGCCAGCAAGUUUCUGGAGGCCUAUGACCGGAAAUCCCAGGUGGUAUGGAACGAAUACGCUGAAGCCAACUGGAACUACAAUGUCAACAUCACCACAGAGACGAGCAAGAUCCUGCUGCAGAAGAACAUACAGAUGGCAAACCACACUGUCAAGUAUGGCACCUGGGCUAGGAACUUUGAUGUGACCAACUUCCAGAAUGCUACCUCAAAGCGGAUGAUAAAGAAGAUUCAGGACCUAGAGCAGGCAGCACUGCCGGUCAAGGAGCUGGAGGCGUACAACCAGAUCCUGCUGGACAUGGAAACCACUUACAGUGUGGCCUCUGUGUGCCAUGCCAAUGGCACUUGUCUGCAGCUAGAGCCUGAUCUGACGAGUCUGAUGGCCACCUCCCGGAAACACGACGAACUGCUGUGGGCCUGGAAGGGCUGGAGAGACAAGGCAGGGAGAGCCAUCCUCCCUUUCUUCCCCAAAUACGUGGAACUCACCAACAAGGCUGCCCGGCUCAAUGGCUACGUAGACGCAGGCGAUUCGUGGAGAUCUAUGUACGAGAUGCCAUCCCUGGAGCGCGACCUGGAGCAGCUCUUCCAGGAGCUACAGCCGCUCUACCUGAACCUGCACGCCUACGUGCGCCGGGCCCUGCACCGCCACUACGGGCCGGCGCUCAUCAACCUGGAGGGCCCCAUCCCCGCUCAUCUGCUGGGGAACAUGUGGGCGCAGACCUGGUCCAACAUCUAUGACCUGGUGGUACCCUUCCCUUCAGCUCCCAAGCUGGAUGCCACAGAAGCCAUGAUAAAACAGGGCUGGACACCCAGAAGGAUGUUUGAGGAAGCAGACAAAUUCUUCACCUCCCUGGGGCUGCUUCCUGUGCCCCCCACAUUCUGGAACAGGUCGAUGCUGGAGAAGCCGACUGAUGGGCGGGAGGUAGUGUGCCAUGCCUCUGCCUGGGACUUCUACAACGGCAAGGACUUUAGGAUCAAGCAGUGCACUGCUGUGAACAUGGAGGACCUGGUGGUUGCCCACCACGAAAUGGGCCACGUACAGUACUUCAUGCAGUACAAGGACUUGCCUGUGACCUUCCGGGAGGGUGCCAACCCCGGCUUUCAUGAAGCCAUUGGGGACGUGCUGGCCCUCUCGGUGUCUACUCCCAAGCACCUACACAGCAUCAACCUGCUGAGUAGCGAGGGUAGUGGCUACGAGCAAGACAUCAACUUUCUGAUGAAGAUGGCGCUUGACAAGAUCGCCUUCAUCCCCUUCAGCUACCUUGUCGACCAGUGGCGCUGGAGGGUGUUUGACGGAAGCAUCACCAAGGAGAACUACAACCAGGAGUGGUGGAGCCUCAGGCUGAAGUACCAGGGCCUCUGUCCUCCACUGGCCAGGUCUCAAGGUGACUUUGACCCAGGGGCCAAGUUCCACAUUCCUUCAAGUGUGCCUUAUAUCAGGUACUUUGUUGGCUUCGUCAUCCAGUUCCAGUUCCACGAGGCGCUAUGUCAGGCGGCAGGCCACGAGGGGCCCCUGCACACGUGUGACAUCUACCAAUCAAAGGCGGCAGGGAAGCGCCUGGCGGAUGCCCUGAAGCUGGGCUUCAGCAAGCCGUGGCCAGAAGCCAUGCAGCUGAUCACGGGCCAGCCCAACAUGUCCGCCGCAGCCAUGAUGAGCUACUUCAAGCCGCUGCUGGACUGGCUCCUCACUGAAAAUGGGCGGCACGGGGAGAAGCUGGGCUGGCCUCAGUACAACUGGACACCAGACUCCGCUCGCUCGGAAGGCUCCUUCCUGGGCACCGGCCGCACCAACUUCCUGGGCCUGGACCUGGAGGAGCAGCAGGCCCGCGUGGGCCAGUGGGUGCUGCUUUUCCUGGGCGUCACCCUGCUGGUGGCCACUUUGGCCCUCACGCAGCGGCUCCUCAGCCUCCGCCGUCACCGCCUCCUCCAGCCCCACCAUGGGCCCCAGUUCGGCUCUGAGGUGGAGCUAAGACACUCCUGAGGCGACGGGACUGGGCCAGGCCAGGCCUCCCCGCAGAGCGACCAGCAGCAGGCCUGGCCGUGGAGUGGGCCAGACCGCCACUCCCCUCGUGGCGCACCCCAGCCCGCCCUCCUCCUCCCCCCGCCCCACCCCUCCCCACUCCACCCCAGACCACGAACCCCUGCAGCUCCUGCCCCCCAAUCCCAGGCCACCUAACGUGGAGUCCCUCCCAGUCUCUGUGAAUACAAUUAAAGGUCCUGCCGUCCCCCUCUGA